CUAUUGUACAUUUAUUGUGAAACAGCGCCUCACAGUGGUGAAGAGAAAAGUGGAUUCUGAAAACAGAGCCUUUCAAACCGAUGGGAUUCUGAGUAGGUGUUUACUGACGCUGCUGGUAAACACGUGUGUGUUAUUUAUGGAGUGAAUGUGACUGUAAUUAAGGAAUUGAAUCCAAGACGGAACUACGAGACAAAACAUCAGGAGAAGCUGAAAAACCUGAAUGCAGAGCAGAAGAUACAGAAAGUAGAAGAGUUUCUGAAGAGCUGCAUGAUGAAGCUGUGAGACGUCUGGUGUUUGACCGAAAAUAUUUUUAUGGAGAGCAAAAUAUGAUAAAUUUGGUGUUAUAGGGUUAAUCAAUUCCUCAUGAAAUCAUUGUUUAUAUUAUUGUAGGCUCCCACACGCUGCAGUAUCUCACUGUCGUCUCGUCACAAAACACCACCACAACUGGACAGCUGGAUGGUGAGACCUUCGUGUCCUACAGCAGCAGUGAUGCAGAGGUGAUUCUCAAGACCGAGUGGAUAAAGAAGAUCAAUGUUGACGUGUCAGAUUACUGGAAAAGUGAGAAAUCCCGCAUGUCAGGUGACCACGGAGACCUCCAGCAUCAUCUAAGCGGUGUGGAGGAGCUCCUUAAUCAAACCAAAGGAGCUCCUACACUAACCAGGACGUACACAUGUGAGAUCAGUGAUGACAACACAACUAGAGGAUCACUCCAGAUACUUUAUGAUGGAGAAGAUUUCAUCAGGCUGAAUCUCAGCAGUGGAACCUGGACUGCAGACAACCAUCAAGCUGAGCAGUUCCUGGAAGGAUGCAGGGGAUGAGGCCAAACACUGGAUGAACUACAGAUGCAUCACGUGUUUACAGGUGUAUCUGAAUUACAGGAACAGUGUGAAUCCAG